CGCAUGCGCCUUGCGGAGAGCCGAGCCCUGACGGCUCUGGGCGGGUCUGGGCUGCUCCAGUGUCUGGGGGCCCAGGAGCUGUGGGAGGAGCCGGCGGCCUCACCGUGGUAACCGCAGCGCUGCCGCCGCCCCGCCUUGCAGGCCUCGGGACUGUCACUGCCUUGGCUGUGAGGGUACUUUGGCCGGGUCCCCGGAAGUAACCCCCCCAGACUCUCAGACACCCCCAUCCUCCCCACGCCGCUACCGCCGCCGCCAUGCAAGGCGAGGACGCCAGAUACCUCAAAAGGAAAGUUAAAGGGGGGAAUAUUGAUGUCCAUCCAUCAGAAAAAGCUCUUAUUGUUCAGUAUGAAGUGGAAGCUACCAUUCUUGGAGAAAUGGGGGAUCCCAUGCUGGGCGAACGAAAAGAAUGCCAAAAAAUCAUUCGUCUGAAGAGUCUCAAUGCUAACACAGAUAUAACCUCUCUGGCCCGGAAAGUGGUUGAAGAAUGUAAACUCAUUCAUCCCUCAAAGCUAAAUGAGGUAGAACAGCUGUUGUACUAUCUACAGAACCGCCGUGAUUCAUUGUCAGGUAAAGAAAAAAAAGAAAAAUCAAGCAAGCCUAAAGAUCCACCUCCUUUUGAAGGAAUGGAGAUUGACGAAGUAGCCAACAUUAAUGACAUGGAUGAGUACAUUGAGCUGCUGUACGAAGAUAUUCCAGACAAGGUGCGGGGUUCUGCCUUGAUCCUACAACUGGCUCGAAAUCCUGAUAACCUGGAAGAACUACUAUUAAAUGAAACUGCCCUGGGUGCUCUAGCAAGAGUCCUGAGAGAAGACUGGAAACAAAGUGUUGAGUUAGCUACAAACAUCAUUUAUAUCUUCUUUUGCUUUUCUAGCUUUUCUCAUUUUCAUGGACUCAUCACUCAUUAUAAAAUUGGAGCACUGUGUAUGAAUAUCAUUGAUCAUGAGUUAAAAAGACACGAGCUUUGGCAAGAAGAACUUUCUAAGAAGAAGAAAGCUGUUGAUGAAGACCUGGAAAAUCAGACCUUGAGAAAGGAUUAUGACAAAACCUUUAAAAAGUACCAGGGACUUGUGGUGAAACAAGAGCAGCUAUUGAGAGUUGCGCUGUAUCUGCUUUUGAAUCUUGCUGAGGACACCCGGACAGAACUGAAGAUGAGGAACAAGAACAUCGUUCACAUGCUGGUGAAGGCUCUUGAUCGGGACAACUUGGAGCUGCUCAUUCUCGUUGUGUCCUUCUUAAAGAAACUCAGUAUCUUUAUGGAGAAUAAAAACGACAUGGUGGAGAUGGAUAUUGUUGAAAAACUGGUGAAAAUGAUACCCUGUGAGCAUGAAGAUCUCCUGAAUAUCACUCUCCGGCUUUUAUUAAACCUCUCCUUUGACACGGGCCUGAGGAACAAGAUGGUACAAGUUGGACUUCUCCCAAAGCUCACUGCACUCCUGGGCAAUGAAAACUACAAACAAAUAGCAAUGUGUGUGCUUUACCAUAUAAGCAUGGAUGACCGCUUUAAAUCAAUGUUUGCAUAUACUGACUGCAUACCACAGUUAAUGAAGAUGCUCUUUGAAUGUUCAGAUGAACGAAUUGACUUGGAGUUGAUUUCUUUCUGCAUUAAUCUUGCUGCUAACAAGAGAAAUGUCCAGCUCAUCUGUGAAGGUAAUGGGCUGAAGAUGCUCAUGAAAAGAGCCCUGAAGCUCAAGGACCCACUGCUGAUGAAGAUGAUCAGAAACAUCUCCCAGCAUGAUGGACCCACCAAGAAUCUGUUCAUCGAUUAUGUUGGGGACCUUGCAGCCCAGAUAUCCAGUGAUGAAGAGGAGGAGUUUGUAAUUGAGUGUUUGGGAACUCUGGCAAAUCUGACCAUCCCAGACCUAGACUGGGAGCUGGUUCUGAAGGAGUACAAGCUGGUUCCAUUCCUCAAAGAUAAGCUGAAGCCAGGUGCUGCAGAGGACGACCUUGUUUUAGAAGUGGUUAUAAUGAUUGGAACUGUGUCUAUGGAUGACUCAUGUGCUGCACUGCUAGCGAAAUCCGGGAUAAUCCCAGCACUCAUUGAACUGCUGAAUGCUCAGCAAGAGGAUGAUGAAUUUGUGUGUCAGAUAAUUUAUGUCUUCUACCAGAUGGUUUUCCAUCAGGCCACAAGAGAUGUCAUAAUCAAGGAAACACAAGCUCCAGCAUAUCUCAUAGACCUGAUGCAUGAUAAGAAUAAUGAAAUCCGGAAAGUCUGCGAUAACACAUUAGAUAUUAUUGCGGAAUAUGAUGAAGAAUGGGCAAAGAAAAUUCAGAGUGAAAAGUUUCGCUGGCAUAACUCUCAGUGGUUGGAGAUGGUAGAGAGUCGUCAGAUGGAUGAGAGUGAGCAGUACUUGUAUGGUGAUGACCGAAUUGAGCCUUAUAUCCAUGAAGGGGACAUUCUUGAAAGGCCUGACCUUUUCUAUAGCUCAGAUGGACUGAUUGCCGCUGAAGGAGCCAUAAGUCCAGAUUUUUUCAAUGAUUUUCACCUUCAGAAUGGAGAUAUGGUUGGGCAGCACUCAUUUCCUGCCAGCACUUUUCACCCAAGGAUUUCCAAGUGCUUUACAAAUAUGCACUAAUUAAGCCUCACAAACAGCCUGAGCCUUGGAAUGGAUGGCUUUGGCCAACCAGUGGGGAUUCUUGGACGUCCUGCCACCGCCUAUGGAUUCCGCCCUGAUGAACCGUACUACUACAGCUUUGGGUCUCGAUAAAGUCACUCCUUUCCAUGUGUACCCUCAGCUUAGGAGAGAUCUGUAUGGUGUGGGUUAACCUUGAAUCUUGAUUUAAUAAUGCAUGUUGGUACUCCUGUGGGGCUGUGUUUCUUAUUUCUCCAUGUGGUUAGCUGCAGGUUAACUCUGACCCUCAUGUCUUCUGUUAAAUAUAAUUGAUGCUGCAGUGUUCACUCAUCCAGACACAUCUUGAGGAGAGUAACAUUUCCCAUGAGACUGUUGCGAAACUACUAGCCUGGAAAAAGAGAUACUACAUUAUGUACAUUAAGUGACUAAUUUCUAUUAAAAAGUGGCAUUCGUGCAAAGGAAUGUUUGUGUGUUCAUAUGUUCUGUGUUUCAUAGGAACACUCAUAUACAUGGAAUACAGUACUUUUUUUUUUGCUUUCUACUUGUAAACCUAGUGUUUUGUAUGAGCUGUGCUAUCUUUACAUUUUAUUUUAAAUGAUCUUCAUUCUGCCUUUUGUUUCAUGCUUGUCUGGAAGCUUUUUUCCCAAGGUUAUUAACAAUAUGAGAUUUUAACUAAUGGUGAACAUAUGUUGUAAGUGGUGUUGCACCUUAAAUGAUUUGUUAUACUCCUAAGUGAUCUGGAUUCAUGACCCUUUAACUAUAGCAUAUACUAGGGCAGCCUCCAUAAAUGUAGCAGGAGCACCACUGGGCUUCUAAGCUUUGUUUUUUCCUGAAAUGUACAAUAUAAGGUGUGAACAAGCUAAUUUAUUUUGCCUUACCUAAGAAAAUUAAGGAAAGGAUUCUUUCUCUCUUUGUUAACUUUAGAAGUGGGUAAUGGGAAAUAGAGAGGGUCGUGGUGAUUAAUAAUGAAUUUUGAAAAUAAUUCAUUGAUGUUAAAAUGUUGAAAAUUUUACUUGAAAAACCAAGCAAGUGAGCUAAUUGUAAGCAUAGGUUGUUUCUUGAUUAUCUGCUACCAAGGAAACACAAGGCUUCCAAGCAACACAAAUCAAAGGUAAGAAUCCCGCCUUUAAAUUUAAGACCCACUGAUCUAACUAUACUUUUACCUUAAUUUAUACAUUUAGCACAAAGUACUAGAGCUGGGAAGGUCCUAGGGAACAAUUCAGCCCAUGUGCUUGAGAAACCAAACACUUAAAAAUGUAAAGAUAACCAACAGGUAUAUUCUUACCUGAUAUUUGUAAGGUAGUAUAUGAUCUGGGAUGUUGUUUUAGUAUAUGAUCUGGGAUGUUGUGUUGGUAUAUGAUCUGGGAUGUUGUUUUAGCAUGUGAUCUGGAUGUUGUUUAUGUUUGUGAACUCACACCCUAAUUGAUCUUUCUGGAAGCAUGCAGUUGUCUUUGUUUCCCUUUUACUCACAGAAUAAAUAUGAAUGCCAGAAAAUUUGGAAUUGG